AAAAGUGUCACAUGACGGCUUGUUCGCUACUCAUCUACGUCGCCAUUGCUUGGUUGAAGAUGGUGCCGAUGUAGACGAUUCGAUCCCGAGUUCAGUUCUUUAAGAUCUCAGAUCUAAGUCUCGUUUUUUGUAUGUCGGUGGUCUUUGGAAACAUCUCUCUUUUCUUUCUUCCUGUUUCGUUUAACCAAGCGAUUGGUGCUUGGACGACGUUUUUCACCGCCGUGUUUGCUUACCGGAUGAGGCUUAAGAGAGAGGCUUGGUUGACUUACUUCUCUCUUGUCCCUGUGGUCACCGGGGUCGUUAUUGCCAAUGGGGUUGAUGUUCUAUCUAUCAUCUCUACACCCGAAGAUGUUGCUGAUUUAGAGGAUUGUAGCUGGCCUGAUGAGGGACUUAGAGGCGCUGUUUUGCAUGUGGAGCCUCCUCCCCGGGUUGUUAACAAAGGUAAAAGAAAAGUCCGUUCCAAGCAGAGUGGUGAUCAUUUGGUCAAAGGUGGGUCUUCCAGGGACAAGAAACUGAAGGUUCGCAGUAGUAGGGGUAGGCAUGUCCAGUCUGACCCUAAUACCUCUCUUCUUGGGGCUCUUAAAUAUGAACUUGAUGCUGGUCUGAAGGAGGCUCGUGGUGAUGUAUAUGCUCAUGUUUGUGUCGACUUGAAAGCGAUGGAGUUGAGGUUAGAGAGGAUUAUGAAACAAAGCAUUUUCUUUGCGGUGGAUGAGGCUCUCAUUUCUAGAGAGCUUGUAAGGAAUGUUGUUGGUGAAGUUGGGGUAGAUACUUUUGAUCCUUACAGCCAGCCUCCCGCUAAUGGUGCAUCUAACCCUGUGAAUCCUGCUAAUGGUGCAUCUAACCCUCUGAAUCCUACUAAUGGUGCAUCUAACCCUGUCAAUCCUGCUGCUUCCACCGAUUUGAAUGUUGGCACUGAAGAGGUUGAUGGUUCUUCCUCUGCGAGUGAGGAAUCCACUCAGUCGCAGGCAUCGAGAGAUAGUAUUGAUGGAGAGGGUGGCAGUGUUUCUGAGGCGGUGAUUGAAUAUGAUGGUUGUCCUAGCUCUGAGAAGUUCAAGAAACUAGUCGAGCUACUUGAGCCUAGAUUAGUUAAGUUUUUGUCUUUUAUUCUCUCUAGUGACUUUGAGUAUGGUGGAGGACUUGUUUUGAAGGAGACUGAGUUGCGGCUAGUAGCUAGUAGCAUUUCUCCUGAAAAUCCUCAGGUUAUGGACGCGUGUGUCACUGUUAUGAGGGAUUCCAUCUUCAUUAACACUGAUCCUUCCUCCGUCCCCAAAAUCAAGAAGUGGCAACAUUUUUAUGUAUGAUAAAGAUGUCACGGGCACAAUUGUGUAAUAUAUGUGUUUCUGUGGGUGAACCUUCCCCACAUAUGUAAUAUAUUCCUGAACUAUACUAGAGAUGGUGUAUUGCGUUGAUCUUGUGAGUCCGUACACCAUUCAAUCUGGCUUUGUAAUAUUUUAAUGCUUUCCGGUAAAAAGUUGUUUCCUAUCACUUAGAAUUACAUCAUCUGUUGGAAAUAAAUGCCUUAAUAAUUA